AUGUUUGAUAUUAAACGGUUUCGGGCACAUGUACCUUUUGUUGAAGGUCGUUCGAGCUAUUCCUGGGAGUAUGACAUCGGUUACUUCAGCGCUGUAGCGCCUGAUAUUAAGGAGAUCGGUGCACAAAUAUUUAUUUGGAAGGAAUGGAAAAGAAUCAAAACGGAAGACUCCCGCAUAACGUGGUCAGUUUCCACCCAUACACGCACACAGACACAUAGCUCACACACCGCGGAGAAGCGUUGCAACGUAGCAGGAGUGAUUGUGCCGUCGGUGAAGUCGGAACCGCCUGAACCGGCAACAGAGGGACUCGCAUCUUCUUCUCCAUCACUUCCGGUGGCUCAGGAACCUCAGUCGCAGCUUCCGGCACCGGAUUCCGCUGUGGCCGUGAUGGAGGUGGAUGCAAGGGGAAAUGAUCGUGAGGCUGUAGAUGCGGCAUCGCUGGAUAAAGAUGUGUUGUGUCCGAUAUGCAUGCAGAUCAUUAAGGAUGCGUUUUUGACAUCGUGUGGUCAUAACUUCUGUUACAUGUGCAUUGCUACACAUCUUCAGAAUAAGAGCGAUUGUCCUUGUUGUGCGCAGUAUCUCACCACUAGUCAGAUAUUUCCUAAUUUUUUGCUAAAUAAGCUAUUGAUGAAGGCUUCAGCUUGUCAAAUAGCAAAAGGUGCUUCUCCUGUUGAACAAGUCCGGCUAGCAUUUCAACAGGGAUGUGAUGUGUCAAUGAAGGAGCUGGACAGCCUCAUAGUUGUUCUCACUGACAAGAAAAAAAGAAUGGAGCAAGAAGAAACCGAGUCAAAUCUACAGAUUAUGCAUGAAUUUUUAUACUGCUUAAGAAGACAAAAACUUGAAGAACUAAACGAGAUACAAAAAGAUCUAGGGUACAUUAAGGAAGACAUAAAUGCUGUUGAAAGACACAGAAUAGAAUUACAUAGAGCAAGAGAAAGAUGCUCAGUAAAACUAAGGAUGCUUGCUGAUGAUUCCAGUGUUAAAACUUCAUGGCCAUCAUUGAUGGAUAAACGUAAUGGCAGCAGUAUAGGUAUUAUGGGUGCAGGUAGUACACAAAAUAGGUUACCUGAUUUACAAGCUACUACUACAAACUCUCUAUCACUCCAAAAAAAAGAUUCAGAUUCACAAAAUACUCAAGUAGGAUCAACUGUAGCAAGAAAAAGACGCGUCCAUGCACAGUUUAAUGAUUUGCAAGAGUGUUAUCUGCAAAAACGGAGACAUUGGGAAAAACAAGCACAUAAGCAGGAAGAAAGGGAAGGUCGAAAUGUGAAAGGAGAAGGUUAUCAUGAUGGACUUAAGGAAUUUCAGUCUGUGCUUUCUACAUUUACACGAUACAGUCGAUUGCGAGUCAUUGCUGAGUUGAGGCAUGGGGAUCUUUUCCACUCGGCUGAUAUUAUAUCAAGCAUAGAAUUUGACCGAGAUAAUGAGCUUUUUGCUACAGCUGGAGUUUCACGACGCAUCAAAGUGUUUGAGUUUGCCUCAGUGGUGAAUGAACAAGCUGAUGUUCAGUGUCCUGUUGUAGAAAUGUCAACGCGCUCCAAACUUAGCUGUUUGAGCUGGAACAAAUACACCAAAAAUUACAUCGCCAGUAGUGACUACGAGGGUAUUGUCACUGUCUGGGAUGUAACCACUCGCCAGAGUGUGAUGGAGUAUGAGGAGCAUGAGAAACGAGCAUGGAGUCUUGAUUUUUCACGUACUGAACCUACAAUGCUAGUAUCUGGAAGCGAUGACUGUAAGGUCAAAAUAUGGUGUACAAGACAAGAGGCAAGUGUCCUUAACAUUGACAUGAAAGCAAAUAUUUGUUCAGUGAAGUAUAAUCCUGGAUCUAGCUUCCAUGUUGCAGUGGGUUCUGCAGAUCAUCACAUACAUUAUUAUGACUUGAGAAAAAUAAACCAACCGUUGCAUAUUUUUAGUGGGCAUCGAAAAGCUGUUUCAUAUGUAAAAUUCCUGUCCAAUUAUGAGCUUUCUUCUGCAUCUACAGACAGCACAUUGCGCUUGUGGGAUGUCAAGCAGAAUAUCCCCCUUCGCACAUUUAGAGGACACGUGAACGAGAAGAAUUUUGUGGGUCUAACCGUAAAUAGCGAAUAUAUUGCAUGUGGCAGCGAGACAAAUGAAGUCUUUGUGUACCAUAAGGCUAUUUCGAGACCAGCAGCUUCACAUGGAUUUAGUUCGGAUGCAACCGAUGGAGAGGAGCCGGGGUCGUACUUCACAAGUGCGGUUUGUUGGAAAAACGAUAGCCCCACAAUGAUAACUGCAAACAGUCGUGGAACCAUUAAAGUUCUUGUUCUUGCCGAAUAGUAAGUAAGUAUAUAAUUAGUGUUAUACAUUUUAUGGACCUUUGAAAAUAUGGU